AUGACCCCGCCGCAUCACCAUCCCACCACCGAACACCAAUCCACCAAUCCACCACCACCAGCCCAAUCGACACGACACACCCUCCGGACACCACCGACCACAAUCAAAAUGGUCGACAUCGUCCCCCUUUCCAGCUACCCAAGCUACAUCGACCUCCUCCCCUCAAUCCAAACCUGCAACAUCACCAACCUGCCCGAGAACUACUUUCUAAAAUACUACCUCUACCACGCCCUCACAUGGCCCCAACUCUCCUUCGUUGCCGUCGUGCGGCCCAAGAACGGCUACGCUAAUGGCUCCGUCGUCGGCGAGUACCCCAAAGUUGUGGGAUACGUGCUUGCCAAGAUGGAAGAGGAGCCGACGGAUGGGAUGCAGCAUGGGCACAUUACCAGUUUGAGUGUCAUGCGCACGCAUCGCAGGUUGGGGAUUGCGGAGAGGCUGAUGCGAAUGAGUCAACGCGCAAUGUCCGAAUCCCACCGCGCAAACUACGUCUCUCUGCACGUGCGCGUUUCCAACACCGCUGCAUUGCGCCUAUACCGCGACACACUGCGCUUCGAAGUCGAGAAAGUGGAAAGCAAGUACUACGCCGACGGAGAAGACGCUUACGCGAUGCAUUUGAAGCUUGACGGCCAGUGGCUGGACUGGAAGGCGAUUGAGAAGCGGAUUGCUGCUGAGGAUAAGGCUAAGGCUGGUGAGGAGGAUGAUCAAGAUGAGGGGGAACCCGUCGGGGAGAUGGGGAAGAAGGAUGGGAAGGAGGAGGAGAAGAUGGUCAAGGUUAAGGUUGGGAGGGGGUUGGGGGUGGGUGAUUUGGUUGAGAGAAAUGAGACUCAGGCUUGA